AUGACGUCGUUGCAGACCACGGCAUCUCAGCGGGCGCCAGCCUGGAAGCGAUUGGGCCUCAAGCUCAAGCAGCCCAGUGCUGCGUCAGAUGCUGCCCGUGGUGGCUCCCUGUCGGUUGGGCAUCCAAGCAGCACCAAGCGCGAAGCCCAGUCGAACAAAAGAAAAAGUGAAGCCCCGCCGGCCACAGAGUCACCCGCCGCUAUUAAAAGGGCUCGAAAGGAUCAUCUUGCUGAGAAAAAUACAAAUCUAAACAAGACAACUAACAAACAGGUCACGUUGGGACACACCCGGGCGAAGAACGGCACCCUCUCCGCAACAUCCGACUUGACCAAGCCCCAGGCAGCCAAAUCAAACAAGAACAAAGACCCGGCCAAGAAACAGUCGCCUGCCAGCCCCAAAGACGUCAAGCCGGCUCUUGGCUACCUCCAACAGUGGAAAACAUCCCGUGAGGCUUGGAAGUUCAACAAGAACCUCCAGUCUCUCCUCAUUGACCGGGCAUUCAACGCCGAUGAUAUCCCUGCGAUACACAUUGCCACUUUUUAUGAGUAUAUACGCGACUUGAAAGGAUUUGUGAGGACGAGGCUGCGAGAGACUGCUAUGGAAGUAAAAACAAAGGAUAUUGCGGAUGGCCCCUCAGGGUUCCCGCUUGACACCAAGGAUGUCGAUGCCAAACAUGAGACCUAUAUGAACUUAUUGUCCGACCUCCUGAGCCGCCAACACAUCGGGAAAAAGCGAAAGGGCUACGAUGAAGUUGAAUUUGUCGCAUCGUCUGGAACUGAAAAUGUCAUUAUCCGGCGUCUUGUAAAGCGACUGCGAGCGGAAAUAAUCCUCGACGAGCUAUCAGACGGAGAGCAGACGGACACCAGCCUGACCACACAAUCUUCAGAAAACACCCUCACCACCAACGACAACCCCACGGUCAACAGGACGGAUGGCGAACAGCAGUUGAAGCUGAACGACGGGACAGCCAAGCGCCGACGGAAACUACGGGUCAAAUUUGAUGAUGGCGUCAGCAGCUCAGAAUCAGACAGCGACUCUGGCUCAAGCAGCACCUCUUCUGAAGAUUCCGACUCGGACUCGGAUGACGACGAAGAGGCCCAGGAAGACGACGACGGGUACGAAUCAUCCAGCAGCUCCUCGUCUUCUUCGUCCUCUUCGGCCGACGAGUCAGACUCGGAUGACGACACCGCAGGCGCAGGAGAUUAG